AUGGCAAGGCCAGCGAAAAUAUCUGAAAUAUUGGGUAGUUUAAAGGGAAAACACAAAUCUAUUAACGGUAAUUAUCCAAAUAAAAUUCAAAAACCUAAAUUACUAUCCAAAAACGAGAGAUUAAAUAUUGCAAAGAAUCUACUUACUAAUAAAGUUUCAGAUUCUACUGAUAAUAUAGAUUAUAAAGCUUUUUUGAAUAUUAAAAAUAAUAAACCAUCCAAUUUAAACCAAUUAAAAAAUGAUAUUACUCGAGAUGUUGAAGAACAGCAGAGUACUAUGGUCAUGGAGAAUUCUAGUUCUAGUUUGAAGUCUGGUUCUAAAACAGGUGAUGAAUUUAAAUCUAAAUCUAAGACCAAAUCCAAAUUUCAAUUUACGUGGGAUCUUAAAGAUGAUACAUCGUUGAAUCAUAUGCCCAUCUUGCCAUCGAGUUUUUUGAAAAAAAUUCAAAAGAGUGAUGAUUAUAAUAACAUGACUAGAGUUAAAUAUUUAGAUUCUUUAGAAAAUCUCUAUAUGGGUAAACAUUGGAGUGAAAAGAGUUAUGAAGAGAUGACAAAGAGAGAUUGGAGAGUAUUCAAUGAAGAGUUUCAUAUAUCAAUACAGAGUGAGACCUUUGAAAGUAGCUUAGAGAACAAAAUAAGGCAUCCGUUAAGAAAGUGGGACGAAUUGAAUUUGGUACCGAAAGAAUUUGUUGAUAUUUUGACCAAUGAUUUGAAAUUUGAUACUCCCACUCCGAUUCAAAGAAUAUCGAUACCUAAUCUAGCAGCAGAUGACAAGGAUUCUGGGAGUAGAGAUUUGUUAGGUGUCUCUGCAACAGGUUCUGGUAAGACAUUGGCUUUUGUUAUUCCUAUUUUGAUUAAAUUAUAUAAAGAUAAAAUUAGACCACAAUCCAUAAAAAUUAUGGAAGGCCCAAAAGCCUUAAUACUAGUACCAACAAGAGAAUUGGCACAGCAGAUUCAGAUGGAGACUCAGAAAUUUAUAUCAUUUUGGAGGAGUAGCGAAUGUCAAGUUAUUUCAAUUGUUGGUGGACAUUCAAUUGAAGAAAUUACACAUAUUGUGUCAAAAGGGUGUGAUAUUCUUGUUGCUACACCAGGUAGAUUGAUCGACUGUUUGCAAAGUCAUGUCUUGUCUAUAAAUAAUAUUGAUUUUUUGGUGUUAGAUGAAGCCGAUAAGAUGAUUGAUUUGGGGUUUGAGGAUCAACUUAAAACUAUAUUAAAUCAAAUAUCUAUUGAAAAUGACAGAGUUAUCAAAAAAGCAUUAUUUACUGCUACAUUGUCAUCUUCAAUCCGAUCAAUUGCCGCUAGUUACUUGGAAAAUCCAAUAUAUGUAUCUGUGCAUCUAGGAGAGAAUCAAACACCAAAGAUUGAACAAAUUGUUGAUUACACAGCAAAUGAUGAUAUCAAAUUCCAAAGACUUAAGGAAAAUAUUCUGACACGUUUUAGGCCACCGAUCAUUAUAUUUAUUAAUUUUAAAGCUACUGCAGAUUGGCUUGCAAAGAAAUUUCAAGCAGAAACCAAUUUCAGAUUCACAAUAUUGCAUGGGUCUAAAAGUCAAGAACAAAGAGAACAUUCAUUAUCGUUGUUUAGGUCGCAGAAGGUGGACAUUAUGAUAGCAACUAAUGUAGCAGCAAGAGGUUUGGAUAUUCCUAAUGUGUCCCUUGUGAUUAAUUUUCAAAUGUCAAAACAUUUUGAGGAUUAUGUUCACAGAAUCGGUAGAACCGGCCGUGCAGGAAAUGUAGGUACUGCGAUUACAUUUUUAGACGGUACUGAAAGGCAAGAUCUUAUAAAAAAAUUAUAUAAUUACAUGAAGGAAAAUGAUAUGACAGGUAGAAACAAGUUUUCACCUCAUAUUAAAGAAACAUUUAAUUUUGAAAAACAGGAUCAAUUUUCUAAUAUAAUAUAUUAG